CCACUCUGUCUCAGUUUGCAGCACUCGCGUUGAAGGCAGAGGAGCCGAACAGUUUGAAGGACAUCAAAAGAAACAGGAGAGCUCGCGGCGCGUCCUCUCUCCCCCCCCCUCUCUCUCUCUCGAGCCGGAGACGGAACGCGUAGUCUCAGAGAGAAAACAGAAGAAACCCCCCCAAAAAACAGAAAACGGGAAAACUAAGAGCGCCAUGGAAGACAAAUCUAAUUCGUUCUCCAGCAACAAGGAGGAGAAGGCGGAUGGGAAUAAUGUUUUUCAGAGGCAAGACUCGAUACAGAAAAAUAACACGGGGAGCCAGAACCUGAAGGACCAUGGCAACUCAGUGGGCUUCAAGGGGGAGCGGGAAGAGACCAUGGUUGGUUUUGAUGAUCUGGAGGGGGCGUCCAGGCAAUAUGGUUUUAUGCAGAGGCAAUUUGGGGCCAUGAUGCAGCCCGGAGUCAAUAAGUUCUCCUUGCGUAUGUUCGGCAGCCAGAAAGCUGUGGAGAAAGAGCAAGAAAGGGUUCAGACGGCCGGAUACUGGAUCAUUCAUCCAUAUAGCGAUUUUAGGUUCUACUGGGACUUGAUAAUGCUCAUCAUGAUGAUGGGGAAUCUAAUCAUCAUUCCUGUGGGAAUAACCUUCUUCUCAGAGCAGACUACAACCACCUGGCUGGUCUUCAACGUGGCUUCGGACACCAUCUUCCUGGUGGACCUGGUCAUGAACUUCAGAACGGGGAUCGUCAAUGAGGAGAGCUCAGAGAUCAUCCUCGAUCCCAAAGUCAUCAAGAUGAAUUACCUGAAGAGCUGGUUCGUCGUGGACUUCCUUUCCUCCAUUCCAGUGGAUUAUAUAUUUUUGAUAGUGGAGAAAGGCUUUGACUCAGAGGUAUAUAAAACAGCCCGCGCCCUGCGAAUCGUCCGCUUCACCAAGAUCCUCAGUCUUCUGCGUCUGCUAAGACUGUCCCGACUCAUCAGAUACAUACAUCAGUGGGAGGAGAUUUUCCAUAUGACCUAUGACCUGGCUAGUGCAGUGGUAAGAAUAUUUAAUUUGAUAGGUAUGAUGCUGCUUCUGUGUCACUGGGAUGGCUGUCUGCAGUAUCUGGUGCCUCUGCUCCAAGACUUCCCCCCUGACUGCUGGGUGUCCCUAAACGGUAUGGUUAACGUUUCUUGGGGUAAGCAGUACUCCUAUGCCCUCUUCAAAGCCAUGAGCCACAUGCUGUGCAUCGGGUAUGGUGCCCGGGCACCCGUCAGCAUGUCUGACCUUUGGGUCACCAUGCUGAGUAUGAUUGUAGGAGCCACGUGCUACGCUAUGUUUGUUGGCCAUGCUACAGCUCUAAUCCAAUCACUGGAUUCCUCACGGAGGCAGUACCAAGAGAAGUAUAAGCAAGUGGAGCAAUACAUGUCCUUCCACAAGCUUCCAGCAGACAUGAGACAGAAAAUCCAUGACUACUAUGAGCACCGCUACCAAGGGAAAAUCUUUGAUGAGGAAAACAUCCUGAGUGAACUCAACGACCCACUCAAAGAGGAAAUUGUCAACUUUAACUGCCGCAAGCUUGUGGCCACCAUGCCUCUGUUUGCCAAUGCGGACCCCAACUUUGUGACGGGGAUGCUGAGCAAGUUGAAGUUUGAAGUUUUCCAGCCCAACGAUUACAUUAUCAGGGAAGGCACAGUGGGGAAAAAGAUGUACUUUAUUCAGCAUGGCGUUGCAAGUGUCAUCACCAAGUUCAACAAGGAGAUGAAGCUGACUGAUGGAUCCUAUUUUGGAGAGAUCUGUCUGCUCACCAAGGGCAGACGAACGGCGAGUGUGCGUGCAGACACCUAUUGUCGACUCUUCUCCCUCUCUGUUGACCAUUUUAAUGAGGUGCUAGAAGAGUACCCAAUGAUGCGACGCGCUUUUGAAACGGUCGCCAUUGACCGAUUGGACCGCAUUGGGAAGAAGAACUCGUUGCUGCUGCAGAAGUUCCAGAAGGAUCUGAACGCCGGGGUUUUCAACACACAGGAGAACGAGCUGCUGAAGCAGAUUAUCCGUCAGGACAGGGAGAUGGUAAUGAUGGUGGACCGCAAGCAGUCGGUAACCGGGAUGAACUCAACACCAAUGUCAGGAAAUUCCAUUAUUAACUCACCAGCCCAGCCGCCCUUCUCCACUGCUUUUGGCACCACUCAGCUGCAGCAGUCCUCUGUACCCCUGACCUACAGCGCUUCAGCUAUUGCUAAUGCCUCCGCUGCCCGCAUGAUGCCAGCCGCUGCCGUUGCUGCUGCUGCAGCACAGGGGCUUUACCAAACUCAAAGUGGCACCCUAAAUUCCUCACAGACCCCACUACAGCAGCAAGGCGCAAUCAUGUCUCCCUGCUCCUUCACAGCUGCCAUGUGUAGCCCGCCUGUGCAGACCCCUUUGGCUAACCGGAGCUUCCAGUAUGGCUCCCCCACAGCCUCCCAGCUGUCCCUUAUCCAGCAACCCAUUGCCCAACCAUCUCUGUCUACGCAACAGCUCGCUCAGCAGCCUGCUGCGCCAACUGCAGCCACAUCCUCUGCAGCGCAGCAACAACAACAGCAGCAGCAGGCGUCACCUCAGCAGCAGCAGGUCCCUUCACCUCAGCGGGGGGACAUCCACAAGAGCACGCAGGCUCUACAAUCAGGCAGCUUGAGUCGAGACGUCCGACACUUAUCAGCCUCCCAACCAUCACUACCACAUGACACAUCUCUGGGGCCCAGAGUGCAUCCCACCUCAGGAGACUCUCUGGCCUCCAUCGUGCCACCCACAGCAGCGGUGAUCCAGGGAAUGAAUCUACAGAGUGGCAUCCGCACCACUGUGCCCCAGCGGGUCAAUUUAUUCCGGCAGAUGUCGUCAGGAGCCUUGCCUCCCGUGCGCUCGGCUGCAGCAGCGGCAGCUGCAGCAGCAGUGGCAGCGGCGGCGUCAUCCUCAACCCAGCACAGGGAUUCUCCCGGAUCUAGAAGAGAUUCAGUGCUCAGCAGUACAGAGACUGAGCAAGACAAAAUGCGUUUUGCAUCAAAUUUAUGA